UGCUGUGUUGACUUUUCCAUGUUUUGUCAGGAAGUAGCUCUCUCGCUAGACUUCUGUUUCCUAGGGUUUUAGGGUUUUCGAUUUUUUUGUCGUGUCUUGGGAGUUUCAAUGGAUGAUGAAGCCAAGCUCUUCGUCGGAGGAAUUUCUCGGGUGACCAGUGAAGACAUUUUGAGGAAACAUUUCGACAAAUACGGCACAGUAUUGGGCUCAUCCAUUGCGAAGGACCGGAUCACCAAGAAUUCUAGAGGGUUUGGAUUCGUCUGGUUCUCCGACUCAUCUGCUGCUCAUAAAGCCCUUCAAGACUCGCAUGUUAUUCUGGGAAAAACGGUAGAAGUCAAAAAAGCAAUACCCAGGAGUGAACAACAGCAGCAUCAAAACCAGCAACAGAAUGGAGGAUCAAGUAAGAGUAGUAGUAUUGACAAUGGCGACAAUCAAUAUAGGACUAAAAAGAUUUUCGUAGGAGGUUUAUCAGCUAGUCUAACCGAGGAAGAGUUUAAGAAAUACUUUGAGAGGUUUGGUAGUGUAACAGAUGUAGUGGUGAUGCAUGACAGCACAACCCAUCGGCCUAGGGGUUUUGGCUUUAUCACAUUUGAUUCAGCGGAGUGCGUGGUGAAUGUGAUGAAGAAUAGCUUCCAUGAGCUAAAUGGUAGGCUUGUGGAGGUUAAGAGGGCUGUGCCAAAAGAGGUAAGUAAUGGUAGUGAGAGUGGUUUUAACACAAGAAUGGAGGGUGGAAUAGGGCCUUCUUGCAGUUAUUCUCCUUUUAGACCUGGAUAUUGGAUUCUCCCAAGUUAUGCACCUUUUCCUGGGUUUGGUGGUGGUGGAGGAGGCUCUCUUUAUGGAGCAAGUAUUUAUGGCGGUUGGUACCCUAUUGGAGGAUCUGGUAGCAUUGGUUCUGGUAUUUCUCCACUUGCUCCAAGAAGUCCUUGGUAUGGCACCACGGUGAUUGGUGCUGGGGCAUUACCGUUGCCUCAGAGCAGGGCUUCUGUUUAUACUGCAUACAGUGGUGGGGCUGGAGUUAUGGGUAUGGCUGCUGGUGGGUACAGUGGGAAUGUUGGACAAAGAGAAUUAGAAGCUGAAUCGGGCUCUUUGUGGCAAUGAACACAUGCCAGUUGAUAUGAAACCACCUUGGAUUGAAGGGGUGAAGCUGGAUGCAUUCUUCAUGUUUGAAGGGAAGCAUGGUACGGCUUUUACCAAAGAAACCAAAGGAGUCAAGGAAGGGUCAUCCGAGCCUUACCCUGUCUAGCUGUAGGUAAUUCUAAUUGAAUGUUCUAUAAACUUGUUUGCUGGUGGGGCUAGGCAGUUCUCAUAAUUGUUCUUUGUAGAAAGUAGAUCGCCAUCAUUGUUAUAUUUGACAUGCUUCUUGCUGUGUCAUAUGUAUGAUUUGUUAGUACAGGAUUGAGUCUGUGACAUAAUGGUUUUCAAAAUCCAGCUUCAUUC